UGUCAAAAACCAGCCGGCAACUGUUUACGUGUUUGAUUUUACCAGUUUGAGUUAUUAUUUAGAAUGUUGUCAUAAAACUAGAUACUUUCGAAAUAUUUAUGAAUGAAUAUUCAUAUAAUACAGAAUAUAUGAAGUUCUAAACUCUUCACUUUCGUGAAAAAUUCCUUUGAGGUUUUCUUAAUGCAAAUGAGUAAAAAAUUUGUCUUAAGAUAAAAAUGGUAGCCACUAUUCACUUCGGACGUAGGUCUAGAAUUUUAAGAUUAUGCAUAUUUUCUAUUAUCCUAUUAGUCAUGAUAUAUUUACUAAUGUCAUAUGAGAAAGCGCCUAGGCAUGAAGGUGGGAUGUCUGCUGAAGCCUUACUAAGUAGAAAAAAACCAAAGUUAGUUAAAGGUCUUGGAAAUUUCGAACCAAGGGAGGUUCCAGACCAAGAAGGUCCCGGCGAAAAAGGCCAAGCACAUCUUCUAAGACAAGACCAGCAAAACGAUGCUGAUCAAUCUGAAUCUGAAUACGGAAUGAAUGUAGUAUGUUCAGAUGAAAUAUCUCUUGAUCGUACAAUUGUAGAUACCCGGUUGAAAGAAUGUAAACAUUGGGAUUACCCAGAAGAUUUGCCCACAACCAGUGUGAUUAUUGUUUUCCACAACGAAGGAUGGUCUGUUUUAAUGAGAACAGUCCAUUCAGUUUUGAAUAGAUCGCCCAAACAUUUACUGAAAGAAAUUCUUCUGGUGGAUGAUUUUAGUGAUAAAGAAAAUCUAAAGAUGAAAUUGGAAAAUUAUAUUGAACAGUUUCACGGAAAAGUGAGACUUAUUAGGAAUGUACAGAGGGAAGGAUUGAUAAGAACGAGGUCUAGAGGAGCUCAGGAGGCUACUGGAGAAGUUAUAGUGUUUUUGGGUCUACUGGUUUGGGGGGGUGAAAAUUUCGAAUUGAGUUUCAAAAUCUGGCAGUGUGGUGGGAGCAUAGAAUGGGUGCCAUGUUCCAGGGUUGGACACGUUUAUCGCAGUUUCAUGCCUUAUAAUUUUGGAAAACUUGCUCAAAAGAAAAAAGGUUCCCUCAUCACUAUCAACUACAAACGAGUCAUUGAAACAUGGUUUGAUACUAAAUACAAGGAGUAUUUCUAUACCCGAGAACCUAUGGCUAGAUACCUAGAUAUGGGGGAUAUAACUGAACAGCUUGCUCUUAAAGAACGACUGAAAUGCAAGAAUUUUCAAUGGUAUAUGGAUAAUGUUGCCUAUGAUGUUGUAGAAAAAUUCCCCGAAUUACCUCCCAACUUACAAUUUGGAGAAAUGAGGUCAGUAGCAGCCAACAAGUGCCUGGAUACACUGGGCCAUUCACCUCCGUCUUUAAUGGCAAUCCAGCAUUGCCACGGGUUUGGAAACAAUCAACUCAUGAGACUCAAUGCCAAGGGGCAGUUAGGAGUAGGUGAACGGUGUAUCGAAGCUGAUGCGCAGGGAAUCAAACUCGCUUUCUGUCGGAUGGGAACCGUCGAUGGCCCUUGGAUUUAUGAUGAAAAUACUCACACGUUAUUGCACAGGGUGCACAAAAAGUGCAUGGCCUUGCAUCCCCAAACGUCUCAUUUGUCGCUGAUGCCUUGCGACAUCAACAAUGCAUAUCAGCAGUGGUUAUUCAAGGAACUCCGUCCUAAAGUUUAGACGGUGUUGAUGCAAUGAUAGUUCGCAUAUGAAGUUUCUCUUUGUUGCUGCCCAAGUCACUGAAAUCAAUUUUUUUUUGUUAUUUCAAGUAGUUUCAUUGGUGGAUUCAUUAAUUGGAAUGUGAGAAUACUAACAAAUUUCGUAUCAUCAUGAUGUUUUGUAUUUAUGAGAGCGAGGAAAAAAAUGUGAUUGGUUAGCUCUAAGGUCAACUCUAGACCAGACAGAUUUUUUGUUGUAACUUGUCAAAUUUUGAAAAUUGGUUGAGUUUUAGGUAUUUUUCGCAAAAUUUUUCUUCAAAGAAAAGUUCAAGACCAUUUCUCACUGACAUAGUAAUGCUUAUUUCAACCUAGUCAUUUCUUAAAUAUUUGUAAAAAAAUGUAAAAAACAUAAAACUAAAAAUAGAUGUUUGUGAUGACAAAUACCUAAUACCACAAAUGUCAACUUGUCAUUCCAGAUAAAGUCAAACUUUUAUCAAGUCACCUCUUAGAGACUUUCAUAGACAUUUCUCGAAAACUGAUGGAUUCACUAAUUUGAUUAGUUGAAUCUAUAUGUAAAAAAAAUAAGCAUACUAAUUUUUCAAUUUUGAAAGCAGAAGAAAGUUAUAUUGAAAUAUCCUUACGGCAUACAUGCACUGUGGUUAAUCAUAGUCAGUAUGAGAUCAGUUCAGUUCUCCUAUGUUUACUCUCAUCACAAAAAUAGGAUUCAGAUUGUGUUACAUUAAUUCACAUUAUGAUUCAUUCAUAUAUGACAAAUAGAAAAAAUUGAAUUUACUAGAGUUCUGAGUGAAAAAAUAAUUCACAAUUAUUUGAUGUUGUAUGCAACGGAAAGAAUGAAAGUAAAGUAAAAGGCUUUUGGGUCUGAAAGGUGAAUUGAACUUGAGUUGACCUUAUAGCAAUACAGUCCAAACCCCUUUUUGUCCCAUUUCAUAAGUGGCGAUAUUUUGAACAAAAAUUCCAACAAGUUGUAUUAUCACAUCUGUGGUGGCCUUGCUUAUCAAACACAAGAUGGUUGCUGGAGUAUCUGAAAAAUAAUGCAUGUCAACACUAGCAUAUAGUGCUAAAAAUGAGUUUCCCCUUGAUUCAUGGGUUAUACCCAACAAGACGUCCAGGAAUUACUUAAGGAUGUUAAUACACAACUCUGACAAAAAAAUGUUAAUACACAACUUUGACAAAUUCUCAGGUUUUGUCAACGAGAUCAGAGAUCUCAGUAUUAUUCAUCUCAAUUAUUCGGAAAAAUCUUCAAAAAGAUUAAAUAAAAGUAACAUUUUGUCUACCUUCAACAGAAUUGCAAACUGUUAAUCGAUAUCAAACAAACUACUGAUUUUUGAAGGUGAAUUAGUGACUGCAUUGAUCUUGAUUUGUUUAUUCAGACGUGAAAGAAAAUACCCGUAAAAAUCCAUGAAAAUGACAAUUAAUGUUUACUAACAGAAAUCAAACACACUGUUCAAGGUUAGCUUGUGAUGGAAAAAUCAGUGUUAUAGAGUAUUAAUUCUGAAAUAUUGCAAUCAUAGAUACUUUCGUUGCUAACAUUUUAUUAGUGGUAAAAACCAUUGUUUUUAUAAUCAAAAGGCUCAUCGCCAUUCAAAUAUAAAAACAUUUGAUUUCAGUGACAAUGUUCACAGCAUAUGACAAAA